AUGACACUUUUUGGCUCUGAAAUAUUCAUUAUUGCAUGUGAGGGGUUUAUCUCUAUUUCGCGAUAUCUUGCAUUUUCUCGAGACGAUAUAAUGAGUUGGAGUAUCAGUUGUGUUUGGAAGUGGCUAUUUGGCAUAUUGUUAAUUUCUGCCACCUAUGCUGCUACUUUCUUCUUCUGCCCAUUUGAGACGUAUUUAAGCGCCGACAAGAGAACCGUGAGGUUCUCUUUUGGCGUCAAUGCUGUCCAAUGGGUCAGUGCUUCGAUCUUCAUUCCCUUCACAUUGGCUACCGUAUCGUUCUUCUCUUGCGUGUACUGCUAUUACAAGGUGGCCACAAUCAUCAAAGCGUCAAGUACGGUAAGAAAUGAGGCUUUUCCGUGUUUCAACUACAAGAAGCCAACUCCUAUCGUCGCUGUUGCCACAACAACGUAA